UUUAAAAGGAAGAAUGAACAUCUGGAAAAGAGCAGAGAGAAUCUGAAAGUAGCUAUGAUCUAGUGUUAUCUUUCAUUUAUAGAAAUCUCUGUUUGUUCUGUUCAGCUUGUGCCAAUUUCAUCUCUGAUUUAGAAUCGUUUUCUUGAGGAAAAUGAAGGAGAAUAAAAUGAUGGACGUGGUGUUCUUGGUGUUUUCGGUGGUCUCUGUGUUUGGUGUUCUGCCCACGCUGGUUGAAAGUACUCCUGUUUCUCAGGAUGGUCUUCCAACAGACUGCUCUGAUGUUCAUGCUAGCGGGCAAAAACUCAGUGGUGUGUACACAAUCUACCCUACAGCAGAAACACCUGUCCAGGUCUACUGUGAUAUGGGCUGUCUGGGAAGCAAAGAAGAGGAUGGAAAGUGGACGGUGUUUCAGAGAAGAAUGGACGGCACUGUGAACUUCUACAGAUCAUGGGAACACUACAAGAUAGGGUUUGGCAAUAUGGAUGGAGAAUACUGGCUGGGAUUAGAAAACAUCUACCAGCUCACACACAAGAGGAAAUACGAGCUGAAGGUGGACCUGCAGGACUUUGAUGGAGCAACAGCUUCCGCUCGCUAUUCCUCCUUCUCUAUAGACUCUGAAGCUGAAGGCUACAAACUGCAUGUUAGCGGUUUCAUUAAUGGAGGUGCAGGUGAUUCUCUGGCUACACACAAUGGACAGAAAUUCUCCACCUUUGAUAAAGACCAGGACUCGUUUGCAGGGGGGAACUGUGCUAAAUCCUACCUCGGGGCUUUUUGGUACAGUGAGUGCCAUCAUGCUAAUCCUAACGGGAUUUACCUGUGGGGAAAUGACGGCACUCAUUACGCCAUUGGGAAUGUGUGGCAGCACUGGAAGGGAUAUAAUUAUGGUCUCAAGUACAUCGCUAUGAAGAUCAGACCUGUAGCACAGUGAGGAGAUUCUCCUAAUAAAAUUGUUCUUGAGGGUGAAUAUAAACCAUGCA